AGUAUUACAUAUACGAGGACAGGGUCUAUUAGGGUUAGGCCUGUGUCUAAUGUAUUAUAUAGAUGCUAUGCACAGAUAUCCUUAAAUUUUUCUGUGUACUUCCGGCCUGAGACAAAUCUUUUAUUUUUCGUUAGCAAAAUUUUACAAUAUCAAUAAGCAGCAGAUAAUGGACGAACAACAACAGAAAUGUAUGUCAACAGAACCUACUGAUGAAAGGGAUAUCCGCACGAAAGAAGACGUUUCCUUAGUUUUGGAUUUAGCUACAAUCAAAAAGUCUGAAUUAAAUCCUUUGACACAAUGUCUAUAUCUUAAUAUGCAAGAUCACAAAAUUGAUAAUUUGAUGUUAUUAGAAGUGGACAAGCACAUCCUGGAAGCAUUCGACGAAAGAGACACAGUAUCGUUUCGCGGCAAUAAAGGUGAUGAGGCUAUGUUAUGUACAAAAAACCGGUCUUAUGAAAUCAAAGAGGCUGAAAUAUCCAAUUCAUGGUUGUUGGUACCCAACUUGAAACUGAACGAAGCAACAUGUACAGAAGAAAUAACUGAUAGAACUAUAGAUAGAAAAAAUAUCAGGAAAAUAUUUUCCUCAUAUUACGAGGUAAAGGAAACCAGACCUAAUUUAGCAAAUUUGUCCACUCUUCUUACACCGUCAUCCUUUAAUGGAUUGGAAUAUGAAUCUGUUAUAGAUCCAGAGACUUUGUACAGCUGGGAAAGAUUACGGAGUGAAAUACAAGCCAGUGAUUAUGAAUUAAAGCAAGCUUUAGAGGAUUUCUUAGUAGCUGAUAUAGACGGAUAUUUACGUCUUAUAUCGUUCGAUGUAGAAGGAAGAAGUAUAAAUUUGAUGUUCGAUUAUUUUGCAGAACAAUCUUGGGAACUCGAUGAGAUAGAUAAAGAAAAUACUUAUGAAUGUUUGAAGGAACUUAUUCACGAGCCAGUGUUUAACGCUAUAUUUGAAAGGUAUACAGAGCUGAGUACAGAGACAAAAGCUGAUGGUAGCCCAUUGUACAAAUAUGACGAAAAGAAAUGCUGCGCCAUGAUAGCAAAGAUCCUUCUUGCCGCUUCUCCUGUCACUGAAUACAGAGAAUUUAUGGAGAUAUGGAAAGAUGGGACUCCCGAAAAGAUGCAGCCGAAAGAAGAGUAUUUACGUGGAUUGGCUCUUAUAACAUACAACGCCAUAAAGACGCAGAAGGAAGUUGUAUCUUGUCUGGAGACGGAUUUGCCGAACAAUAUCCAUGAUAGGUUUAAGGAACUUUUCCAAAUCAAGGCCAAAUGGACUCCCGAAGAAAUAACGCCUUACAUUACGCGUUUUACAAGAGGUACAAUGAAUGCAAAUGCACUCCUAACGAAAUACGCCAGAUAUUCCACGAGAAACGGUAUAAAAUAUUACGGGUCGAAACACGGCAAGUGAUUUCUCUAUUUUAGCAAUUACAUUUUUGAUACGCAAUUUAUUAUUUUUAAUACCUAAGUACCUAAUAUAUACACAUGUGUUGUCGAUUACUUAUGUUAACACCAGAACAAUAGGUAAUGUACAACACCUCAAAAAUGUUGAAAUCAUACGCGCAGUUUAUUUUGCUUGUGAUCAUGAUACAUAGUUACAUUUACACAAUUUAUAAAUAUUUUUAAGAUGAGAAAUGAGAUUACAUGUGUGAUUUAUUUUUAUCGUCUCUUGCUUAACUGACAUAACAGCGACAUUAUCGGUGAUACAUUGUUGUUGUUAUCUCACCGUUUAAAAGACCAUAAUGUUAUAUUAGAGAAUAAUUAUCAAUUUCAAUGGCCAACAACUCUUGUGUCAUCCCAUUGACUAUGAAAUUGUCGUUUUAUCAUAGAAGCAUCUUACUAUUGCUCAAGUAAAAUUUUUCAUUAAUGCAUCUGACAUUAUCGAUAGUUAUACAAUCGAAUAUAACAUAUUUCUCGGAAAUACAGUGAGUUGAAUGAUCCUGGAUCAUUCUUAAAUUGGAUGCAAUCUCAUUAUAAGUUAUUACGUGUCAAAUAAUAAUCUCUUUCGUUUAUAUGUGUGGGAAAAUCUUAGGAAAGUACACAUACAAAAGAGAAUUGUCUACAUAAAUAAAUAUUUUUCUACAAUAAAAUUUGAGAAUCCAAUUUAAAUGUGAAUUUAUGAUUUAUAUAAUAAUAAUAAUUAAAUAAAUUGUAUAGUGUGUCUUGCAAACCUGAAAGAGAAAUACUCGUAACAGUGAGUAGUAUAAUUCAGUAUAUGGAAUAAUAGUGAUAAGAAGACUGCUGUAGAAAAUGUUUAUACAAUGUCGUUACUUUACAAAAUGCAUUAGUUAAAUUGGCUUGAUUGCUAACAUAUCGUUUCUCUCAAAUAUAAUAUAAUAAAUAUCGUUUCUAUAUGUUCUUUCGCAACAUAAACUAAAGAAGCGACUUAUGCUUUUGGCAAGAAAAUGCCGUCAAUAAUUGUAAAUACUGAUUAUGAAUUCUUGAGAUAAAACUGUUUCACAUUUCUAAUUCAACGUAAUUUACAACGCAAACGUUAUAUUCUUUUCCCUUUCGAGCAUACAAACAUACGCCUUGGCACAUGAAUCUUUAAAGCCACACACAUACCAUUUAGUAUAUUGAAUUUCACGAACUACAGGAUUUCGCGCUCGCGCCAAUUAUAACGAUACAAAAUGUGUCGAUGUAAUAUUUCGAGAUCUGAACAUUCCUUGUAGGUGAGAGAAACUGAGCUUCCCCAAAAACACAAAAAAGAAGAAUGAAUGCACAAAAUGGGAUAUUUCUUCUUUCGUCUUUAGAAUAUCCGAACGCGGAUUUCACAGAUGCGCAGUGUGUAUCGCUGCAAACUGCAUUGAUGAGCUAUCAGUGAUAUUCUUAUGUAAAGAUGGAACUUCCUAAAAAUAUCGUAGUCUCGUAGGAACUGACUCGCUGCUGAAAAAUGGUUUUUUGCCUUUUAUAAAAUAUUUUGUAUAAAUGUCGCAAAAUGGUACGAAUCAUUAAAUAAUUAUCUAAUAGAAGUAACAUUCAGUUCGCCCCCUUCUUUUUACAUUUUAUAAUCACUCCCCAUAGUACUCCUAUACGUAGGAAAUAGACUAUGAAAUUACGAAUUCGUAUUAAAAACAACGUUGUAAGAUUACAUUCCUACAAGAAAUUAUAUUCUCGCGUAAUAUAUUGAAGAGAGAAUCGUUUAAAUAUAUAUUUAUAAACAUAUACACAUACGCACGUCCUAAAAUACGUUUGCAUGUAUGUACACUUGGUUUCAACACGAACACUUUCUUUUCAAUCAAAGUUUGAAACGUAGCCGAUGGCUCGAUGUUUGUUUUUUUCAUUAGUUCCCGGAAAUUGAACUACGGGUCGGCUACGUUUCGAGCUGCAUUGAAAGAAAAGAGUGUUCAAAACCACUUUGAAACCGAGUAUAUGUAGUCAACCGACUACGAGAUGACACAAAUUAAACGAAAAAGUCUUCUUUUAAGCGUGAAUUUAACUUUACUAGAUACUAAUG